CAGCAGCAACCACAGCAACAACAAUAUUCACAGAAAACUGGCCAUCAUCAGCAUCAUCCUCAUCAGCAACAACUUAAUACAAACUUUGCACCAUCGCUUCCUUUAGUUCAUUUCGCAGAUAACUGUCCGAAACUGAAAUCUAUCCGACUUGUAUCUUACUCACCUAAAACAGAUGAUUCUGUCUAUGAGAUGGCAAAAUAUUUGACUUCUGGCAGUUUAGAGUCUAUCACUUUCAACAAUUGUUCGACUAUUCAAAGCUCUACACUAUGUAAAUUAGCCAUUACAAACCCUCAACUGAAACGCAUCGAAAUUAUGGGUAAUACACCUGUCAGUGAUUCCAGUCUAGCAACGCUUGUUGAUCGAUGUGGCGCUACACUGGAAUAUCUGAGUAUUGGUAACGCUCAUCAGCUGACUGAUAAAUCAGUCCGGUUUAUUGCUGCCCGAUGUAGAAAAAUACGCCAAAUUUGUAUAUUCAACAAUAAUACAGAACACGUUUCUGAAGAUACCCUUACAGCCAUCAUAACUCAUUGCCCGACUUUACAGACUAUCAGUUUGAGUGAUUCACGUUGUUUAGGCUCUACCUUCUUUAAUUCAGUUGUACAGCGUAUUAACAUAGAAAUGGCGAAUAUAUCAAGACAUCGAGCCACUAUCGGGUCCGGUUUGCAACGGUUAUGUUUAGGUGGUGUGAAAAGAGACAUGAUACAGAGUCGCUAUGUGAGAGAGUUGAUCGAUAAAAGUGCCAGUAAGAAUGACUUUCUCGAGGAUCAGGAAGAAGAUGAAGAUGAAGAUAAUGAUGACUCCAAGUCGAUGACUACAACGCCAGCUGAUGCUGUUGUGGGUGAAGUGAAUAUUCAGCAUUUAUCUCAUUUGAUGAGUGAGGCAACCAAGUUCAAGCCCAAGCAAACCGUGAUUCGAGGAAGUACAGUUUGGUGGCAAAGAAGUCGAAUUCUGAUACAGCCUGAUAAGAUUUAAGUAUACAAAGACAUACAAUCACCGGCCUUUUCUUCCCUCCAAAUCACAUAUCCCUUUCAUUAAUUUUAUUUCUUCGCCAUUAUAACUACAUAUAAACUCUCCUGUAUUUAAUUCACUUUUUCUCUCUUUUGUACAUAAUAAAGAUUUUCGACUCAUUCUCUGACAUACGUGGCCAGGCAAUAUGUUCUGAAAUGUUUAGACUUAUUAAUGGUAGUGUAGUUUUCACGAAGUAGUUGAAAGAAUCUUUAAUAAUAGCAAUAAUAGCAUUAAAUUUGUAGUUUAUACACAUCAUAAUUUAUGUAUUUGAGUAAACGUCUUAAAAAACUUUCUCUUUUUUUUUUUUCUUUACUGAUUUAGUCAUUUCUUAGACUU